UUUACCACACAACUAUAAAAAAAGAAACAAUAAGGUAAAAAAAAGGAGACAUUGGACCUCCAAGUUCCCUCAAGACCAACACGCUCUCUACUCCUCCUUCACCGCCGCCUGUCUCAAUGGAAGCCGUCCCCCGUCAGCGUCCACGUGGCAGACCCCAAGGUUCGAAAAACAAACCGAAACCGCCGGUCUACCUCACCUUGGAGCCUCCCAUGAGUCCUUACAUCCUCCAAGUCCCCUCCGGAAACGACGUCGUCGCCUCCAUCGACCGCUUCUGCCGCGAGAGAGGCGUCGGCCUCUGUCUCCUCAGCGGCUCCGGCUCCGUCGCCGACGUCACGCUCCGCCAGCCUCGCCCCGCGGCUCCCGGCUCCACCAUCACUUUCCACGGCAAGUUCGACCUCCUCUCCCUCUCCGCCGCUUUCCUCCCUCCUCCCGUCUCCACCUCCUUCGCCGUCUCGCUCGCCGGACCUCAGGGACAGAUCGUCGGCGGAUUCGUCUCCGGUCCUCUUAUCUCCGCCGGACCCGUCUACGUCGUCGCCGCGAGUUUGAACAACCCUUCGUAUCACCGGCUACCCGUCGCGGAGGAGAAGGGAGAGAACUCCUCGGGUGAGGCGGAGGCGAAGGAAGGGAAAGGACGGUCGCCGCCGGUCUCUGGAGGAGGAGGUGGAGAGUCUUGCCGCAUUGAUGAUGGCUCUGAUGUUGUCUGGGCACCCGCCGCCAUACUACACAAUCCUUCCCUUUAAUGUUUCAUAAUAUCAUCAUUAAGAAUCAAUCGUUUGCUAAUUAGAUUUGUGUAUCAGAAUCGUGAUGCUCUCUCUCAGUCUCAGUCUUUCGGUUUGAAGUUUGACUUAUGAAUAUUAUAUGAUUUACUUUGUCUUCUAGAGAUAAUUUAAAAGUUUGUCCCUA